ACGUGACCUUUCAAGUUAAACAAUAUCUUGUCCAGACUUCUGACAUACACGAGCAGCUAACAGCUAACAGCUAACAGCCUACAGUGUACAGUAUACAGUGUAAAGUGCACAGUAUACAGUGUACAGUACACUGUAUAAAGUGUACAGUAUAAAGUGUACAGUGUACAGUAAAGCGAGAGAAGCCAAAGACUUUAAAGAAUAGAAGGUUUGCACCGCGACUAUGGCAGGCAGCAGGGUGAUGAAGGCUAUCCGGGUGAGCGAGUUCGGAGCUCCGUCUGUCCUCAAACUACACACCGACCUCAAGGUCCCUCAACCCGGGAAAAGUCAGGUGUUAAUUGGAGUGCGUGCGUGCGGAGUGAACCCGGUGGAGACGUACAUCCGAGCUGGGACAUUCGGCCGCCAGCCCGCUCUGCCAUACACACCUGGCACUGACGUAGCUGGGGUGGUGGAGAGUGUGGGAGAUGGUGUCACAGCAGUCAAGGCCGGAGACCGUGUUUUUACCACGGCCUGCGAGUCUGGAGGGUAUGCAGAAUUUGCGCUAGCCACAGAGGAGAGUGUCCACAAACUGCCCGACACUUUGGACUUCAGACAGGGAGCGGCCAUCGGCAUCCCGUACUUCACCGCCUACAGAGCUCUGGUUCACAAGGCCCACGUGAAGCCUGGAGAGACCGUCCUCAUCCAUGGAGCCAGUGGAGGGGUGGGCUUGGCGGCGUGCCAGCUGGCGCGUGUCCUGGGCCUCAGGGUGUUGGGCACCGCAGGGACCAAAGAGGGAAUGGAGCUGGUCGCCAGAAAUGGAGCUCACCUGACGUUUAAUCACCGAGAGAAGGACUAUACCAGCCAAAUCAUGGAAGCCACAGGAGGACAGGGAGUGGACGUGAUCGUAGAAAUGUUGUGUAAUGUCAACCUGAAGAAAGAUCUCCAGAUGUUGGCGCCUGCAGGACGUGUGGCGGUGGUGGGCUCCAGAGGCCCCAUUGAAGUGGACCCCAGGGACACCAUGACCAAAGAGACCAGCAUCAUUGGAGUCGCUCUCUUCUUCUCUACUGCGGCAGAGAGGCAGGAGUGUGCAUCACUGUUGUACGCGGGCAUGGAAGCUGGAUGGUUGAGUCCGGUGGUGGGUGCCCAGUACCCUCUGGACCAGGCCGCCCGGGCACACCUGGACAUCAUCCAGUCUACUGGGGCCACUGGGAAGAUGGUCCUCAUCAUGUGAUCUCAUGUUGACCUGGGAUCAAGAUGGUCCUCAUCAUGUGAUCUCAUGUUGACCUGGGAUCAAGAUGGUCCUCAUCAUGUGAUCUCAUGUUGACCUGGGAUCAAGAUGGUCCUCAUCAUGUGAUCUCAUGUUGACCUGGGAUCAAGAUGGUCCUCAUCAUGUGAUCUCAUGUUGACCUGGGAUCAAGAUGGUCCUCAUCAUGUGAUCUCAUGUUGACCUGGGAUCAAGAUGGUCCUCAUCAUGUGAUCUCAUGUUGACCUGGGAUCAAGAUGGUCCUCAUCAUGUGAUCUCAUGUUGACCUGGGAUCAAGAUGGUCCUCAUCAUGUGAUCUCAUGUUGACCUGGGAUCAAGAUGGUCCUCAUCAUGUGAUCUCAUGUUGACCUGGGAUCAAGAUGGUCCUCAUCAUGUGAUCUCAUGUUGACCUGGGAUCAAGAUGGUCCUCAUCAUGUGAUCUCAUGUUGACCUGGGAUCAAGAUGGUCCUCAACAUGUGAUCUCAUGUUGACCUGGGAUCAAGAUGGUCCUCAUCAUGUGAUCUCAUGUUGACCUGGGAUCAAGAUGGUCCUCAUCAUGUGAUCUCAUGUUGACCUGGGAUCAAGAUGGUCCUCAUCAUGUGAUCUCAUGUUGACCUGGGAUCAAGAUGGUCCUCACCAAGGAUCAAGAGGGUCCUGACCAUGUGAUGUCAUUAUUUACCAAAGAAGGUUGAAAGGUGGUUGAUGUGAUGUUGUGUGUUGUUGUCAUGGUGAUCAUCUUUCUAGAAGUCUGGAAAUAAUCAUCUUUCUUACUAAACAUCUUUAUUUUUUAUAUUGGGACAAAAGUGGCAAAUACUUGCAUAUAUGUUCUAUAUCAUGUGAUGAUGCAACAUAUGUUCUAUAUCAUGUGAUGAUGCAACAUAUGUUCUAUAUCAUGUGAUGAUGCAACAUAUGUUCUAUAUCAUGUGAUGAUGCAACAUAUGUUCUAUAUCAUGUGAUGAUGCAACAUAUGUUCUAUAUCAUGUGAUGAUGCAACAUAUGUUCUAUAUCAUGUGAUGAUGCAACAUAUGUUCAAUAUCAUGUGAUGAUGCAACAUAUGUUCUAUAUCAUGUGAUGAUGCAACAUAUGUUCUAUAUCAUGUGAUGAUGCAACAUAUGUUCUAUAUCAUGUGAUGAUGCAACAUAUGUUCUAUAUCAUGUGAUGAUGCAACAUAUGUUCUAUAUCAUGUGAUGAUGCAACAUAUGUUCUAUAUCAUGUGAUGAUGCAACAUAUGUUCUAUAUCAUGUGAUGAUGCAACAUAUGUUCUAUAUCAUGUGAUGAUGCAACAUAUGUUCUAUAUCAUGUGAUGAUGCAACAUAUGUUCAAUAUCAUGUGAUGAUGCAACAUAUGUUCUAUAUCAUGUGAUGAUGCAACAUAUGUUCUAUAUCAUGUGAUGAUGCAACAUAUGUUCAAUAUCAUGUGAUGAUGCAACAUAUGUUCUAUAUCAUGUGAUGCAACAUAUGUUCUAUAUCAUGUGAUGAUGCAACAUAUGUUCUAUAUCAUGUGAUGAUGCAACAUAUGUUCUAUAUCAUGUGAUGAUGCAACAUAAGUUCAAUAUCAUGUGAUGAUGCAACAUAUGUUCUAUAUCAUGUGAUGAUGCAACAUAUGUUCUAUAUCAUGUGAUGAUGCAACAUAUGUUCUAUAUCAUGUGAUGAUGCAACAUAAGUUCAAUAUCAUGUGAUGAUGCAACAUAUGUUCAAUAUCAUGUGAUGAUGCAACAUAUGUUCUAUAUCGUGAUGAUGCAACAUAUGUUCAAUAUCAUGUGAUGAUGCAACAUAUGUUCAAUUUGACGUGAUGAUGCAACAUAUGUUCUAUAUCAUGUGAUGAUGCAACAUAUGUUCAAUAUCAUGUGAUGAUGCAACAUAUGUUCUAUAUGAUGUGAUGAUGCAACAUAUGUUCUAUAUGAUGUGAUGAUGCAACAUAUGUUCAAUAUCAUGUGAUGAUGCAACAUAUGUUCAAUAUCAUGUGAUGAUGCAACAUAUGUUCUAUAUGAUGUGAUGAUGCAACAUAUGUUCAAUAUCAUGUGAUGAUGCAACAUAUGUUCAAUAUCAUGUGAUGAUGCAACAUAUGUUCUAUAUCAAGUGAUGAUGCAACAUAUGUUCAAUAUCAUGUGAUGAUGCAACAUAUGUUCAAUAUCAUGUGAUGAUGCAACAUAUGUUCUAUAUCAAGUGAUGAUGCAACAUAUGUUCAAUAUCAUGUGAUGAUGCAACAUAUGUUCAAUAUCAUGUGAUGAUGCAACAUAUGUUCCAUAUGAUGUGAUGAUGCAACAUAUGUUCAAUAUCAUGUGAUGAUGCAACAUAUGUUCUAUAUGAUGUGAUGAUGCAACAUAUGUUCAAUAUCAUGUGAUGAUGCAACAUAUGUUCAAUAUCAUGUGAUGAUGCAACAUAUGUUCUAUAUGAUGUGAUGAUGCAACAUAUGUUCAAUAUCAUGUGAUGAUGCAACAUAUGUUCAAUAUCAUGUGAUGAUGCAACAUAUGUUCUAUAUGAUGUGAUGAUGCAACAUAUGUUCUAUAUGAUGUGAUGAUGCAACAUAUGUUCAAUAUCAUGUGAUGAUGCAACAUAUGUUCAAUAUCAUGUGAUGAUGCAACAUAUGUUCUAUAUGAUGUGAUGAUGCAACAUAUGUUCAAUAUCAUGUGAUGAUGCAACAUAUGUUCUAUAUGAUGUGAUGAUGCAACAUAUGUUCAAUAUCAUGUGAUGAUGCAACAUAUGUUCAAUAUCAUGUGAUGAUGCAACAUAUGUUCUAUAUCAUGUGAUGAUGCAACAUAUGUUCAAUAUCAUGUGAUGAUGCAACAUAUGUUCAAUAUCAUGUGAUGAUGCAACAUAUGUUCUAUAUGAUGUGAUGAUGCAACAUAUGUUCUAUAUGAUGUGAUGAUGCAACAUAUGUUCAAUAUCAUGUGAUGAUGCAACAUAUGUUCAAUAUCAUGUGAUGAUGCAACAUAUGUUCUAUAUGAUGUGAUGAUGCAACAUAUGUUCUAUAUCAUGUGAUGAUGCAACAUAAGUUCAAUAUCAUGUGAUGAUGCAACAUAUGUUCUAUAUCAUGUGAUGAUGCAACAUAUGUUCUAUAUCAUGUGAUGAUGCAACAUAUGUUCUAUAUCAUGUGAUGAUGCAACAUAAGUUCAAUAUCAUGUGAUGAUGCAACAUAUGUUCAAUAUCAUGUGAUGAUGCAACAUAUGUUCUAUAUCAUGUGAUGAUGCAACAUAUGUUCAAUAUCAUGUGAUGAUGCAACAUAUGUUCAAUAUCAUGUGAUGAUGCAACAUAUGUUCAAUAUCAUGUGAUGAUGCAACAUAUGUUCAAUAUCAUGUGAUGAUGCAACAUAUGUUCAAUUUGACGUGAUGAUGCAACAUAUGUUCUAUAUCAUGUGAUGAUGCAACAUAUGUUCAAUAUCAUGUGAUGAUGCAACAUAUGUUCUAUAUGAUGUGAUGAUGCAACAUAUGUUCUAUAUGAUGUGAUGAUGCAACAUAUGUUCAAUAUCAUGUGAUGAUGCAACAUAUGUUCAAUAUCAUGUGAUGAUGCAACAUAUGUUCUAUAUGAUGUGAUGAUGCAACAUAUGUUCAAGAUCAUGUGAUGAUGCAACAUAUGUUCAAUAUCAUGUGAUGAUGCAACAUAUGUUCUAUAUCAAGUGAUGAUGCAACAUAUGUUCAAUAUCAUGUGAUGAUGCAACAUAUGUUCAAUAUCAUGUGAUGAUGCAACAUAUGUUCUAUAUCAAGUGAUGAUGCAACAUAUGUUCAAUAUCAUGUGAUGAUGCAACAUAUGUUCAAUAUCAUGUGAUGAUGCAACAUAUGUUCCAUAUGAUGUGAUGAUGCAACAUAUGUUCAAUAUCAUGUGAUGAUGCAACAUAUGUUCUAUAUCAUGUGAUGAUGCAACAUAUGUUCAAUAUCAUGUGAUGAUGCAACAUAUGUUCAAUAUCAUGUGAUGAUGCAACAUAUGUUCUAUAUGAUGUGAUGAUGCAACAUAUGUUCAAUAUCAUGUGAUGAUGCAACAUAUGUUCUAUAUGAUGUGAUGAUGCAACAUAUGUUCUAUAUGAUGUGAUGAUGCAACAUAUGUUCAAUAUCAUGUGAUGAUGCAACAUAUGUUCAAUAUCAUGUGAUGAUGCAACAUAUGUUCUAUAUGAUGUGAUGAUGCAACAUAUGUUCAAUAUCAUGUGAUGAUGCAACAUAUGUUCAAUAUCAUGUGAUGAUGCAACAUAUGUUCUAUAUGAUGUGAUGAUGCAACAUAUGUUCAAUAUCAUGUGAUGAUGCAACAUAUGUUCAAUAUCAUGUGAUGAUGCAACAUAUGUUCCAUAUGAUGUGAUGAUGCAACAUAUGUUCAAUAUCAUGUGAUGAUGCAACAUAUGUUCUAUAUGAUGUGAUGAUGCAACAUAUGUUCUAUAUGAUGUGAUGAUGCAACAUAUGUUCAAUUUGAUGUGAUGAUGCAACAUAUGUUCUAUAUGAUGUGAUGAUGCAACAUAUGUUCAAUUUGAUGUGAUGAUGCAACAUAUGUUCUAUAUCAUGUGAUGAUGCAACAUAUGUUCAAUAUCAUGUGAUGAUGCAACAUAUGUUCUAUAUGAUGUGAUGAUGCAACAUAUGUUCUAUAUCAUGUGAUGAUGCAACAUAAGUUCAAUAUCAUGUGAUGAUGCAACAUAUGUUCUAUAUCAUGUGAUGAUGCAACAUAUGUUCUAUAUCAUGUGAUGAUGCAACAUAUGUUCUAUAUCAUGUGAUGAUGCAACAUAAGUUCAAUAUCAUGUGAUGAUGCAACAUAUGUUCAAUAUCAUGUGAUGAUGCAACAUAUGUUCUAUAUCAUGUGAUGAUGCAACAUAUGUUCAAUAUCAUGUGAUGAUGCAACAUAUGUUCAAUAUCAUGUGAUGAUGCAACAUAUGUUCAAUAUCAUGUGAUGAUGCAACAUAUGUUCAAUAUCAUGUGAUGAUGCAACAUAUGUUCAAUUUGACGUGAUGAUGCAACAUAUGUUCUAUAUCAUGUGAUGAUGCAACAUAUGUUCAAUAUCAUGUGAUGAUGCAACAUAUGUUCUAUAUGAUGUGAUGAUGCAACAUAUGUUCUAUAUGAUGUGAUGAUGCAACAUAUGUUCAAUAUCAUGUGAUGAUGCAACAUAUGUUCAAUAUCAUGUGAUGAUGCAACAUAUGUUCUAUAUGAUGUGAUGAUGCAACAUAUGUUCAAGAUCAUGUGAUGAUGCAACAUAUGUUCAAUAUCAUGUGAUGAUGCAACAUAUGUUCUAUAUCAAGUGAUGAUGCAACAUAUGUUCAAUAUCAUGUGAUGAUGCAACAUAUGUUCAAUAUCAUGUGAUGAUGCAACAUAUGUUCUAUAUCAAGUGAUGAUGCAACAUAUGUUCAAUAUCAUGUGAUGAUGCAACAUAUGUUCAAUAUCAUGUGAUGAUGCAACAUAUGUUCCAUAUGAUGUGAUGAUGCAACAUAUGUUCAAUAUCAUGUGAUGAUGCAACAUAUGUUCUAUAUCAUGUGAUGAUGCAACAUAUGUUCAAUAUCAUGUGAUGAUGCAACAUAUGUUCAAUAUCAUGUGAUGAUGCAACAUAUGUUCUAUAUGAUGUGAUGAUGCAACAUAUGUUCAAUAUCAUGUGAUGAUGCAACAUAUGUUCUAUAUGAUGUGAUGAUGCAACAUAUGUUCUAUAUGAUGUGAUGAUGCAACAUAUGUUCAAUAUCAUGUGAUGAUGCAACAUAUGUUCAAUAUCAUGUGAUGAUGCAACAUAUGUUCUAUAUGAUGUGAUGAUGCAACAUAUGUUCAAUAUCAUGUGAUGAUGCAACAUAUGUUCAAUAUCAUGUGAUGAUGCAACAUAUGUUCUAUAUGAUGUGAUGAUGCAACAUAUGUUCAAUAUCAUGUGAUGAUGCAACAUAUGUUCAAUAUCAUGUGAUGAUGCAACAUAUGUUCCAUAUGAUGUGAUGAUGCAACAUAUGUUCAAUAUCAUGUGAUGAUGCAACAUAUGUUCUAUAUGAUGUGAUGAUGCAACAUAUGUUCUAUAUGAUGUGAUGAUGCAACAUAUGUUCAAUUUGAUGUGAUGAUGCAACAUAUGUUCUAUAUGAUGUGAUGAUGCAACAUAUGUUCAAUUUGAUGUGAUGAUGCAACAAUAAACAUGUCAACAUCUGCAA